UGUACCGGUAUUUAAGUAUACUGAAGCAUUAACUUAGCACGACUGACACUCAUCGUUUUCCUCUUGGUCCUCUCUUUGCUCACAAGAUUUGAUUGAGAUUCAAAAAAUUGCCCAACGGUGCCUUUGGUUUAGGCGUGAAAGGAACCAGUCUCUCUACCAGAGUUGUUGAUUGGCUUCAUAUGCUUGCAAGAUGAUGAGAAGAGACGAUUACAUACCGUUCGACGAGCCAGAAUACAGCGACAUAGAACGAAUUGCCAAGGAUGUUGCAAGAGCUCAAUCCAAGGAAGACAUUCUAAUCUUGUUGGCACAAGUCGCAAGACAGUUUGAACAAGACGGCGCCUUCAUAGACAGCGAUUUCAUCAUUGAAGAUGCUGCCCAAGGUCUCGUGGUCAAUCUCCACAACGCUAUUCUGUUGAGAGAUGGAUCCAAGAGGAAGUACUAUCGCACGGCACUUACCUACAACAGGGCUGUACAAUGCACAGUACUCAUCACUGCCAUUGAAAUGAUGCUAAGGUUUUCUCCAGAGACGCUAGUGGACAAACCAGACUUGAUGCGAGAGGAGCUAGUGCCAUCCAUACCAAAGCUGCUGAAGCUCUUGCUCACGUGGGAAGGCGGUGAGACCAUUCGAUUACUGGCGAUCUCGAAUACCAUUAAAAUCAUACGUCGAGUCGGACCCAACUGUCAGGAAGCCACUGAUGCCUUCGUAGAAGCUUUGCUCUCAGUUCUCCGCUCUCACAUCGGACCAGCCAACCCUGAAGUCGACAGCAUUCACGUCGAGGCUGCCCAUGCGAUUGCACAGAUUUUUGACCAGCAAGACCGGACAGCGUCUAGGAAGCGAGUGAUCGGACUGAUUCAAGAUGAUUCAAGUCAUAUUAUCUCUACACUCAGUACGGCCGCUUUGGCUACCACAAACUCUGAAGACGACGAGGAAAUCCUGACGUGCCUGUUCAGCUUUGCUGUCAACUCUCACACAUUUCGCACCAAGAUGGCCAAGCGACGAUGCACCAUUCUGGCAAUUGGGCGACACUUGAAACGAGAGAACGAAGAAACGAGGAAACUUGCGCUCAACAUUUGCAAGUGCUUGCUGAACGAUCAAACACAGACAACUGCCGCAGAACCAGUCAGAAUGGACUCCAAUUCAGAGCUUCUGGUGAGCAAGGUCGUUGAUUCAGCCUUGAAUGAACUGGAACCAAUGCUCCAGCUGUAUGCUAUUUCUAUGCUUGGCGAUGCGAUACGCAAUGCUCACUUGCCACUUGCAGUGGUGAACAGCAUCCUUUACACGUUGAAAACAAUGGUGGGAGGUGACGAGAGCGACGACGUCGUUAUGGAGGCAUCAGUCACCUAUUCAAAGGCAGCUUCUACAAUCAACCCAGACAAGAUCGAAACGGAGAUCCUUGGAUCUAUCGCUGAAUUCACAACUCUCCCCUUUGCAAGGGCCCGGGCGCAGGCAAUCAGCACCAUUGACUUCUUUGCACAGAAUGAACAACUUGCCUGGAAGCUUGUCAGCGAGACCGAGAUGAUGGAAAAUUUCAGCCUCAUUAUCACUUAUGGCAGUGAUGAAGAUUGUGCGGAUGCCAUAAAUGUUGUCAGACUACUUGCUCGAAACCCAUCUUACCAUCGAACUCUGUGCCAGAAUAGUAGCUUCUUGGGUGCACUAGUCCAUGUUGUGACGAAAGAAGAAGUUGUCAAUCGAAAUGCCUACGUUGGUGGUGUUGAGACAUGCCUGGCUCUCUUGGCAAACAAUGACAACAUCAAGAGCUUCCUACCAUAUCCAGAUCUCUUGCCAUUCUUCGUGUCUUUGGCCAACACCUCCGUUCACGAUGAAGAGUUGAAAAAGAAGCUAGUGUCAGCUAUUGUGAGAUUGUCAUCUGCCAUCCUGGGGUAACAUGACUGCUGUGAGAGUCUGGGGGUCGACUCACUCAAGUUUCCGCUGCAUUUCGAGCUGAUGCAGAUGUACUGGUACCAUUCAUCCAAUCUGAUGGGGUCCUUUAAAAAAAAGUGCCCUGCACUACGAAUGGCAGUAUGAAGUCAAUCCGACCGGGUAUGUGUCUUUCUGCGUACGCAUCGUCUGCGAAAGCAGAGAAAGAUACUGACUAGGUACUCGUAGAACCGUAGAACUGAAAACUAUAGAGCGUUGUUUUCACGUGGU